ACCAAAAACCCAACCCAAGCCACGAACUAGUAAAACACAGAGAGAGAUAGAUAGAGAGAGAGAGAGAAGGUUGAAGUGAGAAAGAGGGAAGAAGAAGAAGUUCCAGAGCUCCGAUUCAAAACCCUUCAUCCGUGAAUGGAGGACGCUUACGCCAGAUCCGUCACUGAGGUUUUGAAUUUCUUUGGCGUGGACCCGAAAAGGGGUCUCACUGAUGCGCAGGUCACGCAACAUGCAAGGCUUUAUGGUAAAAAUGUGCUUCCAGAAGAAAAAAGGGCUUCAUUCUGGAAAUUGGUUUUGAAACAGUUUGAUGAUUUGCUUGUAAAGAUAUUGAUUGUUGCGGCGCUGGUUUCAUUUGUUCUGGCUUUGAUUAAUGGAGACACAGGCUUAACAGCGUUUUUGGAGCCUUCGGUUAUCCUCAUGAUAUUGGCUGCAAACGCAGCAGUAGGAGUGAUUACAGAAACCAAUGCAGAAAAGGCUCUUGAGGAGCUACGUGCAUACCAAGCUGAUAUCGCAACUGUGCUGCGCAAUGGUUGCUUCUCCAUACUUCCAGCAACAGAGCUCGUCCCCGGUGAUAUUGUAGAAGUGGCUGUGGGAUGCAAAAUUCCAGCCGAUAUGAGAAUGAUUGAGAUGCUAAGUAAUCAGUUACGUGUUGAUCAGGCAAUUCUUACAGGUGAGAGUUGCUCUGUGGAAAAAGAGCUUGAGUCCACCACUGCAACAAAUGUUGUAUAUCAAGACAAGACAAAUAUUCUUUUCUCGGGUACAGUAGUUGUGGCUGGUAGGGCUAGAGCUAUCGUAGUAGGAGUUGGAACACACACUGCUAUGGGCGGCAUACAUGAUUCAAUGUUGCGAACAGAAGAUGAAGUGACGCCGUUGAAAAAGAAGCUGGAUGAGUUUGGUACUUUCUUGGCCAAGGUUAUUGCUGGCAUAUGUGUACUGGUAUGGAUUGUCAAUAUUGGUCAUUUUCGUGACCCUGCUCAUGGUGGGUUCUUGCGCGGUGCAAUUCAUUACUUUAAGAUUGCAGUAGCACUUGCAGUUGCAGCAAUCCCUGAAGGACUUCCAGCUGUUGUUACAACUUGUUUGGCUCUUGGGACAAAACGUAUGGCUCGGUUGAAUGCCAUUGUAAGGUCUUUGCCAUCUGUUGAGACCUUAGGCUGCACUACAGUAAUUUGCAGUGACAAAACUGGAACUCUGACAACCAAUAUGAUGUCUGCCUCAAAGGUUUGUGUACUUCAUACUGUACAGCAUGCUCCGGUUAUUUCUGAAUACAGUGUCAGUGGAACAACAUAUACACCGGAAGGCACAAUUUUUGACAGUACUGGGCUUCAGCUCGAACUUCCAGCUCAGUCACCUUGUCUUCUUCACAUUGCAAUGUGUUCAGCGCUAUGCAAUGAAUCUAUCCUGCAAUAUAAUCCCGACAAGGGUAACUACGAAAAGAUUGGCGAGUCAACUGAAGUAGCCCUCCGUGUUCUUGCAGAGAAGAUUGGUCUUCCUGGCUUUGAUUCUAUGCCUUCUUCUCUGAAUAUGCUGAGCAAGCAUGAACGUGCAUCUUACUGUAAUCACUACUGGGAGGACCAUUUUAAAAAGAUUUCUGUUGCAGAUUUUACACGUGAUCGGAAGAUGAUGAGUGUCCUUUGUAGCCGAAACCAGUUGCAGAUUAUGUUUUCAAAAGGUGCUCCAGAGAGUAUUAUUUCUAGAUGCACAAAUAUUCUGUGCAAUGAUGAUGGUUCUACCAUACCACUGACCACUAGUAUCCGAGCUGAGCUGGAGUCAAGGUUCCAUAGUUUUGCAGGAAAGGAAACAUUAAGAUGCCUGGCUCUGGCCUACAAGCGGAUGCCCAUGGGUCUUCAGAGUCUCUCCCAUAAUGAUGAGAAUGAUCUUACAUUCAUUGGGUUGGUUGGAAUGCUUGAUCCACCAAGAGAGGAAGUGAGAAAUGCUAUGCUUUCAUGCAUGACUGCUGGCAUACGUGUUAUAGUUGUCACUGGGGAUAACAAGUCCACAGCCGAAUCCCUUUGCCGCAAGAUAGGUGCUUUUGAUCACUUGGCAGAUCUUGCUGGACACUCUUACACUGCGACUGAGUUUGAAGAAUUACCAGCAUUGCAGAAAACACUGGCAUUGCAACGUAUGGCACUCUUCACCAGGGUUGAACCUUCUCAUAAAAGGAUGCUGGUUGAGGCCUUGCGGCACCAGAAUGAAGUGGUUGCAAUGACUGGUGAUGGUGUUAAUGAUGCGCCUGCACUAAAGAAGGCAGAUAUUGGAAUUGCCAUGGGUUCAGGAACAGCUGUUGCUAAGAGUGCGUCAGACAUGGUUUUGGCCGAUGACAAUUUUGCUACUAUUGUUGCGGCUGUUGCAGAGGGAAGGGCUAUAUACAAUAACACAAAGCAAUUUAUCAGAUAUAUGAUCUCUUCAAAUAUCGGUGAAGUAGUUUGUAUAUUCGUGGCAGCUGUACUUGGCAUACCUGAUACCCUUGCCCCUGUCCAGCUGCUGUGGGUCAACUUAGUUACUGAUGGAUUACCUGCCACUGCUAUUGGUUUUAAUAAGCAAGAUUCUGAUGUGAUGAAGGCUAAACCUCGUAAGGUCAAUGAAGCAGUUGUUAGUGGAUGGUUGUUUUUUCGUUAUUUGGUAAUCGGAGCUUAUGUUGGGCUCGCCACAGUUGCGGGAUUUAUUUGGUGGUUUCUUUACUCUGAUAGUGGUCCUAAACUGCCGUAUUCUGAAUUGAUGAACUUCGACUCAUGUUCAACGAGGGAGACAACUUAUCCAUGCAGUAUAUUUGAUGAUCGCCAUCCAUCAACAGUGUCCAUGACUGUGCUUGUGGUUGUUGAAAUGUUCAAUGCCUUGAAUAAUCUCAGCGAAAAUCAGUCUCUUCUGGUUAUCCCUCCAUGGAGUAACUUGUGGCUAGUUGGUUCAAUCAUUCUAACGAUGAUCCUUCAUGUGCUAAUAUUAUAUGUCCAUCCACUCUCUGUUCUUUUCUCUGUAACACCAUUAUCUUGGUCUGAGUGGACGGUUGUGUUAUACCUUUCAUUUCCUGUUAUUAUCAUUGAUGAAGUGCUAAAGUUCUUCUCAAGAAGUUCCACUGGUAUACGGUGGUUCAGUUUCCGGUGGAGGAGGCCCGAUUCACUGCCAAAAAAGGAAUUGCAUGAGAAAUAGAAAUGGAGAUUUAUGCGACCCAAUUUUUUGAGACACCAACACUGGAGGAGACAAACUCCUUAUUGUGAAAGCCUAUAUGUUUUGACAUAUCCUUCAACAGAUAGGAGGAGCCGUGCAUUCAUAAUGGAUUCAAAUGCUUCCUCGAGAUGUCGGAGUGGAUAGCGUUGUAAUUUUAUAGGUACUAUUUUACCCUCAUUUUGAUCUUCUGUAUACAAAUUACCCGGCGAAGAGCCGCCAUUAAAU